GAUCCGUACAAAAUAUUGGGUGUACCGCGCGAUGCGGACGUCCGAGAAAUCAAACUGGCGUAUCGGAAAAAGGCGCUCCAGCAUCAUCCCGACAAGCAAAAGACGGACGAGGAGCGUGCACAAGCCACCGUGUUGUUUUCGAAAAUCAGCAACGCCUAUGAGCUCCUGUCUGAUGAGCAACAACGCAACGCGUACGAC